AUCCUAUUCACAGCACAGACAGAUGUCCAGUUUGUUUAUUUACGUUCGUCUGCUGCUGGUGGCGCCGUUUCACAAAUUUUGCAGUUAUUUAUUUAAUUUAAGUACUGAUGUCACGAGAUGCCUGCAGAUGACACAUUUCUUCCAGGAAAUGAUUUAACAUGAGUUUUUCAAGGAGUGCUCGGAUUAGGAAAACCUGCGCGUUCAAGGACUGCAAAAACUCCGACCGUGAUGGUUAUACAUUUUUUGCUAUAACCAAGCGUAGAAGAAACCAAUUAAAAUGGUUAGAAACAUGUGGAUUGCCGCAUACAACUAGUCCACUUGCUUUUCUGUGUGAUGUAAGAUUAAUUUUUAAUUCCUAUUCCGCUAAGAAGGGUCACUUUUCUACUGAAGAGAUGGAGACAUGUAGUGACUAUGGUGGUGUGAAAUUGAAGUCAAAAGCAGUUCCGACCAAAUUGCUUCCUAAUCCACCAAACCAACUAAUAAGCAAUAUUCCUCUGUAUGCUGUGGAGGAAGAUGCAAGUGGGCAACAGAAUCUCAUCCCUGUGUUUGAAAACCCUAGGCGUAAGCGUCACUUUUGUCAUGAAGAGCUGAAAGAAAUCUCAAGUGGUAUUGCUGUUCAGUUCAAGAAUAGAUGACUUGUCAUGCUUGGGUAAGGUGCCUAUUCAUGGCCACUUUAAGCGUCUGCACUCACAAAUCGCCCUACCAGUUCAGCUCUUUACAUCUGAGCGUUACCAGAAAAAUCAGCAGGCGUGUACUAGAGGGU